AAAUUAGACAACUUACAAUUUUUUCAUUAUAUCCAACCAUUUGAACUCUUGAUAAACUUGCAUUUACAUUCUUCAUGUUAAAUAUCUGUUUCCAAGACUUUGGUUUGAAUGAUUCAUUCAAGGGAAAUGGCAAUUUAUGGCGAGUGCAGGUUUGGAGACUCUUGUCGGUUUGAACAUAAAGUGAAUUCUGAAAAUACUGGUGAUGAUUUUUAUUUUUUAGGGAAUCAGCAGUUUGGUAAUACCAAGAUUAUUAAUCCUAAAACAGGCCAUGAAGUAGAAUUGAGUGCUAUCAUCAAUUCUGUUCAGAAUGAAGCUAUUGCAUUAGAUAAAGGUAAAUUUUGGCCUCUGACUUACUACACACCUUUCAAAGAUAAGGCAUUAUAUCCUGGCUUUAUUGAUUUGAGUUUUGAAGAAGUUAGAUUUGGUUAUCUUGAAGCCCAAAAAUCCAAUACCUUGGAGCAAUAUAAUCGAAAUUUGCAACAGACAUUAAUAGAAGCUAAAGCUAAAUUUAAGGCAUUAGAAAAGCCAUCCAAAGAAAUAAUUCAAUUGUUGAAAAAUAUAUACACUAAUGAAUCCACAUCUAAUAAUUUGGGUAGUCAAAACUUUCAUUCAGAUAAUACAAUAAAUUUAGGAGCAUCUACAAAUAGAAGCAUGUUUGGGCAGAAGUCACCAUCGGUUUUUGGUCAACAAAAUUCAUUUGGAGGUGGUUCAAGUAUAUUUGGACAGCAAAAUAAUCCUACAAACAAUGUUGGUUCAUUUGCACAGCCUGGAGGAAGUAUUUUUGGUAGGCCAAACGCUCCUUUAGCUACUGGUAGUGUUUUUGGUGAACAGAAUGGAACAAGUAUAUUUCAACAGAAAAAUGUCACUUCUAAUGGUGGAGGUAUAUUUGCUCAGCCACAAAGUAAGAGUAGUAUUUUUGCUCAGAAAAGCGCUGGCAUAUUUGGUUCACCAGCAAGUGGGGGCAGUGUUUUUGGUCAGCAGAAUAAUGGAGGUAUUUUCAAUCAACAAAAUACCGCUUCUUCUAGCAGUAUAUUUGGAAAAACAAAUGCACCCCAAGCUAGCGGAAGUAUAUUCGGUCAACAAAAUAAUGCUCAGGCCAGUGGCAAUGUUUUUGGCCAACAAAAUAAUACUCAACCUGUUAGCAGCAUUUUUGGCCAACAAAAUAAUGCUCAAACCGGUAGUAGCAUUUUUGGCCAUCAAAAUAAUGCUCGACCUGUUAGCAGCAUUUUUGGUCAUCAAAAUAAUGCUCAAACCAGUGGCAAUGUUUUUGGUCAACAAAAUAAUACUCCAACCGGUAGCAGCAUUUUUGGCCAACAAAAUAAUGCUCAAACCGGUAGUAGCAUUUUUGGCCAACAAAAUAAUGCUCAAACCGGUAGCAGCAUUUUUGGCCAACAAAAUAAUGCUCCAACCGGUAGCAGCAUUUUUGGCCAACAAAAUAAUGCUCAAACCGGUAGCAACAUUUUUGGUCAACAAAAUAAUGCUCAAACUGGCAGCAAUAUUUUUGGUCAACAAAAUAAUGCUCAAACUGGCAGCAAUAUUUUUGGUCAACAAAGUUCUACUCAAAACACUGGUAGUCCUUUUGGUAAACCAAAUUCUAAUAGUAUAUUCGGCAGGCAGAAUACUAAUAGUAUAUUUGGACAACAAAACCCAAUGCAAAACAGUGGUAGUAUUUUUGGACCACAGAAUGGUUCUGAGAACAGCACUAACAGCUUCUUUGGCAACAGGAAUAAUGCCCAACAGCUCGGUUCACAAAAAACAAGUGGUAUUUUCGGCCAGCAAAAUGCAGUUCAAACUGGGGGAAAUAUAUUUGCCCAACAAAAUUCACUUCAGAAUACUGGAAGUGUAUUCUCUCAAAAUACCGUUGUAAAUGGCAGUGCUAGUAUAUUUGGUCAAAAUAACGCUAAUAGUGGAGUAAUAGACUUGAAAACACAGACUGACAACAAUCAACAGAAUAUAAAUACUCCUCCGUCCUUCCAAAACAAGAAUCUCUUCGCUACUCAACCUCAGAGUGGUUUCUUUGGACCGCAAGUUGGACAACAAGAUGCAAAUAAUCAGACAACUUCAAUAUUUGGCAGGAAAUCAGAACAAACUGGUUUCUUUGGGAAUCAGAAUUCAAAUUCUCCACUUCAACCAGCAAAUAAUAAUCCUUCGCUAUCUAUAUUUGGAUUACAACCUAGUAGCACACCUCCUGUAGGUGCUUCUAAUCCUACACCUCAUAUGGAAAGAGAAUUCUACUCCGAUGCUUAUUCCAAGUUAGAAGAUUUAACAGAAGAAGAAAUCAAAUGGUUCAACAGUGAUGUUUUUGAUAUAAAUACCAUUCCAUUGAAGCCACCAACAUUUGAGAUGUGUUUUUAGAUGAGAUCCAGGAGAACUCUGGUAUCGGAGUUUGAUCAUAAAAUAUGUGAUAAAUUGAUAUGUACUUUGUUUACAUUUUUUUAUAUAAUUUCUAAUUUGUUUAUUAUAUAAUAUCUAAUUUGUUUUUUAUAUUUUUAUUUAUGUUUUUAAAAUCGACUGAAAAUUGUAAAUAUUUGAAUUAAUUCUGUGAAUAAUGUACAAAGUUGAAAUAUUAAAAUUUCUCUGAAUGGAGUAAGUUGAAUUGCAAAAUAAAAUUCUCUUGAAAGAUA